AUGAGUGAACAAGAUAGUAAUAGUAGUUUAAGAAGUAUAGUGAUCAAUCACUUGGAUAAGAAGCAUCAGGUUGAUAUUGAUCUGACUUCAACUAUUGAGGACUUGAGAGCUGUUAUCUAUUCAUUGACAUUGGUACCGCCACAGAAUCAGAAGAUCCUAGGACUUGUAAAGGGAUCAAUACUCAAAGAUGACGCCGUACUGAGGGACAUGGAUAUUAAGAAUGGCCAGAAGGUCAUUGUGAUGGGCAAGGCAGAGGAUGCUGAACCGACACCUCAAGUGCCACCCGCUACCUCAACCUCAACCUCCACCUCAAUACAACAAGUAGCAACUCCAGCUGCUCAAGCUCAAGUGCCCGCCACAGUCAUAGCUCAACCUCAAUCACAUGUACUACAACCUGCUCAGUUCAUUGAGUUUGGAGUAUGGAUGUCUGAAUGCUCAAGGAUAUAUGUUGGUAGAGAGGCCAUUGCCCAGCCUGCGUUCAGGGAUGUACUCACUGGAAACACAAUAUGUUAUGCUUGUUCAACAACAUGCUUUGCUGGAGGAAUCGUUCCAGCACCACAACAAUCUCCAUUCUAUUGCCGUUGCUGUGAGAUACCCGAUCGAUGUCUGUUCAAGGAGCGUGCAGAUUCAAUUACCAACCUCGCCACUCAGUCCAAAGACUCCAUGCUAAAAGAUCUGUCCAUUCAGCUACUACAACAACAACGCCAGCAUAUGGCAGCAUCACUAUCCGUUAGUCCUCAGCAGCAACAACAGCAACAACGUGUCAAGGAUAUACUGGGGAGUAACUAUCGCUCUAUUAUGAACUAUGAGCAUGUACCACUACAACAAAAGGCAAUGGCAUUGGUGCCCAAGACCAUCCUAUUCAACCGCAAGGGUGAGCCCAUCGAGAAGGGCGAGGACCAGAUCCGCGAGUUGCUCAGCUGGUUCAAGGCCACUUUCUUCAAAUGGGUCGAUUGUCCACCUUGUGAUCAUUGUAAUAGUCCAACCAGCCUUGUUGGCACAUCUCAACCAUCGAAUGAAGAACAACUUUACAAGGCUGGACGCACUGAGCUCUACAAGUGUCCAAGCCAGCACAACACAAGAUUCCCUCGAUUCAACGAUCCAGGCAAGUUACUCGAGACCAGACGUGGAAGAUGUGGAGAAUGGGCCAAUACAUUCACAUUGUUCUGUCGAGCACUUGGAUACAGAUCGCGAUACAUCUUGGACUUGACUGAUCAUGUGUGGACAGAGGUGUGGAGCGACAAGGAUAAGAGAUGGAUACAUUGUGAUAGUUGUGAACCAGUGUACGAUAGGCCACUGACGUACGAGUCGGGCUGGGGCAAGAAGUUGACCUAUGUGUUCGCAUUCGAGGUGGACGGUGUGUUUGAUGUCACGAGACGUUACACCACCAAGAUGAAUGAGUUGAUGACACGAAGGACAAUGGUGGACGAGUCAUGGCUACAACAAUUCAUACAGGAGCUCAAUCAAAAGAUGCGUGCCCCAUUCACUCAAGAGCGAAGGAGUCAUUUGGAGCUUCGCGAGCAGGCUGAGUUGAUGGAGUUGGCUCAGAGUCAGAACAGGAGCACUGCGGGCAGCGACCUAAUGCCUCGCCAGUCUGGAUCAACCGAGUGGCGAUCCGAACGUGGAGAGAUGGGACAAGGCCUAACCGGUCUGUCCAUGUCCGCGCCUGGCAGGCCACUCCAUGUCCAAACAACCGUUGAAAAGGGAGCACCACCUGCCGUCGGCACAUUGAUUUACAAGUUUGAACAGGGCCAGGUAGUGCAGUCAAGACUGCGCCUACUCGGAAGCUGCAAGGCACUGACGGACAGGAUCGAACUGACCCCAAAGAUGAAUGAUCAGUUGGGUGCAUUCUGGCUGCGCGAGAAACAGAACAUCGCAAAUGGAUUCGUGUGCAGGAUACGCUUUGUCAUUGGCACGUCUGGCGCCGAUGGCAUGGCCUUCGUCGUUCAGAACCACAGCGAGGACAUCAUGGGCAAGUCUGGCUGCGGCCUCGGCUACGAUGGCAUUGAGAACUCACUUGCCGUCGAGUUUGACACAUACUCCUCAGUAGACCAAUGCAACGAUCCCAAUGGCAACCACAUCUCCAUUCAUUGCAAUGGCGAGAAGAAGAACUCCAGUCAUCAUCGCUACUCGCUGGCACAUUGCACACCCGUUGGCAACAUCUCGAUGAGUGAUGGCAAGGUGCACCACGUGGUCAUCGUCUACAAUGGCACGGCCAAGACCAUGUCAGUCUGGUACGACACGUACUUUGUGCUGACUAAUGUGUCUGUGGACCUCACCCAACUCCUUGACCUACCCGGUGGCCAGGCAUGGAUUGGCAUGACUGCUGCCACUGGUGGCCUAUGUCAGAGUCAUCAUAUACUUGGCUUCGAGUUUGGGUCAUUGGACCAAAUGAAUGAGUGA